AUGAAAGCCCUCCAAUGGACAUUGCCACUCUUGCUAUGGGCACAGAUCGGAUACACACAGCAAUCUGGACUUAUUGCCAUUAUUGAACAAUUUCCUACCUGUGCACAAACUUGCUUGGCCUCUUCUGCCAAAGACACGUCCUGUCAGCUCACAGACACAACGUGUGUAUGCGCCGACGCCAAACUUCAAUCAGAUGUAGAGGAAUGUGUGUUGAGAACUUGCACCCUGAGGCAAGCCUUGACUACCAAAAACCUCACUGCUACAACGUGCAAUGUCCCAGUGCGCUACACAGGCGAGAGCAUCCGAAUUUCCAACCUCGUCCUUUCCGUUGUAACCGCCUUCUGCGCUUUGUCGAGGGUGAUAUACAAGGCCGUAUACUCAAUUGGCGAGUUGGGGUGGGACGACUACAGCGUGCUUGCAGCACUGAUUGCUGGUGUGCCAUCUGUCAUUAUCAUCGAUAGAGGUAUCGUACCGAAUGGAUUAGGUAGAGAUGUCUACACAGUAACCUUUGACCAAAUCACGAACUUUGUUCGCUAUCUGUAUGCGCUCGAGGUCCUGUACUUCUUCCAGAUCGCACUCACAAAGCUGACGUUGCUUUUCUUCUUCCUACGGAUUUUCCCCAAGCCCUUGAUACGCAGACUACUCUGGGGAACAGUUGCCUUCAAUGUACUAUGCGGCAUCGCAUUCGUGAUCGUCGCGGUCUUCCAAUGUCAGCCAAUUUCCUAUUAUUGGACAUCUUGGGACAAGGAACGGCCAGGAAAAUGCGUCAAUAUCAAUGCUGUAGCAUGGAGUAACGCUAUCAUCAGUAUUGUACUAGACAUCUGGAUGCUGGUACUCCCACUAUACGAGAUCUUCCACCUGCAACUCUCGUGGAGGAAGAAGAUCAGCGUAGCAGUCAUGUUCUGCGUCGGCACCUUCGUAACCGUAGUCUCGAUACUCCGCCUCCAAUCCCUCGUCAACUUUGCCACUUCCAACAACCCAACUUGGGACCAGGCCGAUGUAAUCAAGUGGUCCAACGUCGAGAUCAACGUAGGAAUCAUAUGCGCCUGUCUACCAGCACUGCGCGUCAUCCUCGUCAAGGCCUUCCCCUCGCUCAUGGGAACGACCCACCAACCCAGUCAACCGUAUUACGCAUACGGCAGCCACAACGACGGUCGCAGCCAUGGAGCGAGCAAGAGGCGAAGUGGAAUGGUACUGGGCAAAUCUUCACAGGCGAGCUCACAGCCUCCACGCUCCAUUACAUAUACGCAGACGUUUGAGGUUCAGCACAUGGACAAUGAUGAAAUGUCCUUGGUACAGAUGGAACAAUUUUCGAAGAAGACAAAGCAGGCUGUCGCUAGUAGUAGUACGAGUGUUUCGAGUUUGUAG